AUGGGAGAUAUAUUAAGUUACACAAAUGCUCUUUCAAAACACCUUCAACAAAAAGGUAAAGAUUUAUUAGAAGCGGCCAACUUGAUAAAUGGUACAAAACGAGUAUUAAAUGAUUUAAGACAAAAUGGGUUUGAGCCGAUGUUGGAAAAAGUGACUUCCUUUUGUAAAAAAUAUGACAUUACAAUGUUGGACAUGACGGAAAGUUAUGGUAAUCCAAGAAACCGAAAGAAUGUCAUUACAAAUCGACAUCAUUUUGAAGUAGACAUUUUUAAUGAGGUUUUGGACAUGCAAAUUCAAGAACUAGGAAAACGAUUUAGUGAGGUAACAACUAGUUUGAUAAAAAAUAUGUCGGGUUUAAAUCCUUCUAACAGUUUAUCUAAGUUUGACCCAUCGAAGAUAUCAGCGUUUGCUAAGAUGUACCCGGAUGAUUUUACUACACAAGAAAUAGGGAGUCUUUUGGGUGAUAUUGAGUCAUUUCGUCACACAAUAAGUGAUGAUGAUAACUUUGAAGACUUGAAUGGAAUAAGUGAUCUUGCGCGUGUUAUGGUUGAAACGGGAACGCAUAGUUCUUGUCCUACAGUUUAUCGGGUAGUUAAGCUAGCUUUGCUUUUACCGGUGGCAACCGCAACCGUUGAAAGAUUGAUGACGAAACCAAAAUCCAAAAAACAAGCUUUAAUUGGGAACUUUUUCAAAAGAAAAUAUGAAGAAAUUAAUGAUGAUGAUACAACUCCGAAUGAAACAACUCCUCCGAAUGUUGACGUUGAUUCAAGUCCGAAUGUUGAUCAAGCAAAAUGA